AUGGGGCUUUGCCGGGAUGGACGACUGGAGCUCUUCGUGGUCUCCUCCCGACGCCCCCUUGACGAUGACGGGGGAGACGAUGACGAGGAGGGUGAGGAGGAAGACGACGAAGAAGGUGAAGACCAAGAUGCAGAUGCCCUGACCUCUUGCCUGCGCACCAACGAGAAGGUCUUCUUUGACUUUCGACUUGGAGAGUUGCCUGCGGGGGUGGAGCACGAGGGCCAGCCCGCAAGGUUGAUGCGGACGCCGGAUUCAGGUGAGGCCACAGUUCUUUCUGUACCUGCUGGGGGCUACCUGAAGCUACCUCUGGACUUCCCAGAGAACCAUGGUGCCACCGUCUCCUCUUACACCCUGGUCGUGGAGCUGCGCUGCUCGCAUCCCCGGCCAUUCUCCCUCUUCCAGGCCACCUGGCCGGAAGUCUCCGCAAGCCACGCAACCAUCUCCGAAUGCCUCGUGGACCAGAGCCGCGUGGUAGUCGGCGGUGCCGAAAGCGAGAAGAGCGUCCGCUCCCUGGAAACGGCCCGACAACAAAAUCGCUUUGUGCGCCUCUACUUUGUGUGCAAUGCCGCGGAGAGCAACAUCCAAGUCUUCUCGAAUGGGGACCUCGCUCUGGCCGUUGGGUCUCUUCCGGCGGGUGGUUCCACUCGGUGGGCAUUGGAUCGCAAGGGCCUGUUGCUGCUGGCCAGCAACAGUCCUAGCUACAUGCCGGGCAGCAUCGAGAUCAAACGUGUGGAGCUUCAUCGACGACUGUUCAGCUCACUGGAAAUUCAAGCACACGUUUCCCAGCGCUGGUCCUUUCGCGGGGCGGCACUCAGCGCAGCUUUACGCCGUUUCCGUGGCAAACUGGCGCUGGCUGCCCUCGACAAGAAGCCGCAACCCCUCUGGUGCGACCUUUCGUUCUUGGCUCAUUUCUGCGAUGUGUUUAUGGACAUCAACAAUGGGAAAAUCUACAGAUCACUGCAGAUCAUUCUCCUGGGCCUCGAGAAGCUCGCUGCCGAGAAGUCCGCCUUGCUUGGGCCCGCAGAGCAGGAAGCCGUGAAGAAGGUGACAGCUCUUUUCGACUCCAGUACUGACCUCGGCACGAUUGGUGCACUAUCACAACACAGAGCAAAGGACUACGGCCAGAAUGACAGCGCAGGUAGAUACUCUUAA